CCUUGCCCCUUUGCAUAAACCUCAUCUUCCCCUUCAUCGACCUUUUGUACUACUCAAUCCCAUCUGCGCCUCUAGACGACGCACGGCCACGACCCCCCCUUGCAUACAGUACCUCUCGACGACGCCGCUCGCCCGCCGCCCCCUUGUAACACCGUCCACCUCACAUCCCAGUCCCGAGCCUUUAGGGCCACUGGCCGCCCCGCCCACGCGACACUGUCGACCACUCCCACCAGCAAGGCUGACAAAGGCUCGUACAAGCCAUCGCCCAGCCAGCAAUGCGCGAGUCAAACUACACCUUUCCCCCCUCAAACAGGGCAGUCAUCAGCAUCAACCAGAUGCUGUACGACAGAAGAGCACUCGACACCAACUCGACGCUCGCCCUCCUCAACAACCUAUGUCAGCUGACGUACCUCACCUCGACGUCCCCCCGCAUUCGCGAAGUGCUCACCAUGGACGGCGGCCUGGAACGCAUGCUCGACAUUCUCCGAGACUCUUGCCUUCCCCGCGAACCGACCAUGCCCGACCUCUGGGGGCUAAACGGACCGAGCACGGCACGAACAAUCAACGUUGACCGGGCCAUCUCGCUACGGCACUCGCUCGCCUUUCAGUGCGUCGUCAACAUUGGCGUUCGCGGAAACGAGACGAUCCGUACCAGAGUCGUCCAGGCUGGCGCGCUCGACAUUGUCGCGCAGAUCCUCGAGUCGUUCCUCAAGAAGAGCGGUAUUGCCAUCCUCUCGUCGUCGCUAGGCAGUCAGGCUGCCGUUGAUGCCCUUGCGUCUGGCGCGCCUUUGCCCGGUGUCGACCCCCGCAGGAGAAGACAACCCGGGUCACGACACCCCAACAGCAGCAAUAGCAGCAGCAACACGCGCGAUACCGGCGGUGCAGCAGCGAGUCAGCCGCAGGCCCAGGCUCCAACGACUGCUUCGCAGAACAUACUGCAAGCCCCACUUGCGGUGACCCAGGGCCAAGCGAACGCACCACAGCAGCAGGCCACUACCGCCACCCGCCCUGCGAAUGGUCACCCCGUACCUCCACCAUCCGGCCCCGUCGACCCUACAAGCCCACCCACUGCCCGAGGGUUGGGCCAGCUCGUCAGCGUGGCGUCCUACCUCUCCAACCGCCUCCAGAGCCGUGCAGGAACUAUUACCUGGAACGGCACAGGAGGCGCGCGGACGGCAACCGUGCAGCUGCCAGUGCAGCUACCAACGACCACGAUGGACACGGACGUUGACAUGGCUGAUGGCGAGACGGACGCGGGUGAGACGGACGCAGCAGACACCGACACGGGCGCAGACGCUAGCAUGGACGUCGAGUUUACGGACAACACGGAGACGGCCGAGGCCGGCCCAAGCCAAGCGACUACAACCCCACGGGCGCACCUCCCGGUCUUGCCACUCCAGAUCCCACGGAGGUCACCCGAGCCCGCAGGCAUCAGCCAGGCGUCGAGUGCCGCUGCUUCUCUGUCAGGAGACGAGCCUCCAGCUAUCCCCCGCGCGCGUUCCGACAACAGUCUGGCAACCACCAACGCUGUCGCCGCUGUCGAGUCGGGCCGCCCGGCCUCGGGAUUAGCCGCACGGAUCCCACAGCUCGCCACCGACACAGUCAGCACGCAGUCGAGUCCAGUUGGCGGCGUGUCUGUUCAUGCCAACGAGCACGUCGAAGGCAUGCACAUUCAGCGCGGACGCCGAGGAACCAUUGUCGGUCGACCACUGCUUGUUCCACCCCGUGAAACCCGCCGGCAGGACGAGAGCGAAGCUUCUGACGGCGCUCCCGAGACAGAUUUAGCAACAGCGACGCUGAACGCUGGUCUUGCGGCAGCUGCAGCCAACGCCGCGAUGGAGGCUGCAGCUGCCGUAGUCAACCAGCCCGAGAACGCCCCUCAGCCCGCGAUUGUUGACGGCCUUGGAGGAAUCACCGGCAUGGUGCCCGAGGAUCCCGAUCCGGAGGCCCUAGCAGCCGAGCAGGCCCGCUUCGACAUGGAAGCCGGUGCCCCGCCUGGACAGCCCGGCGCCGCCCAGACGCCUCGAGUGACGACUGACGUCCAGCUUCCUACGGCCAACGCCGUCGACCUGGCCGUGCAGGUCCCUGCUGUGCCACCAGCGCAGAUCAUCAUCGCCAACGGUGCGCCCCGUGGAUUCCAGGAUCUGGCGUCAUACGUCGGCGUCAGCAUGCUUCUCAACCCCGAGGGCACCAAUUACUCGGAGGACAACAUCUUGCUCGCGCUCCAGCUUUUGGCGUAUCUGUCCAAGUACCCGCAUGUCCGCGCGACCUUCCACCACCCGCGUCGGCCAAUGCACCGGUACUUUGACCUCGGUGGAGACGACUCGGACGUCCAGCUGCCGCAGCGUCCCGCCUAUUCGGAGACACCCAACAUCUUUUCUCUUGUGGAACGCUUCACGUUCCGCCCCUCCCCCUCGGACCCGCACAUGUUCAAGAUCCCGCCCGAGAUCCAGUACUGGGCUGGUGUCAUCAUGCGCAACGCCUGCCGCAAGGAUGACGCGCAGGGCGGCAUCCGCCAGUGUGCCUACAUGUCGUGCGGCCGAUGGGAGGUCUACCCGCGCGAGUUUGCAAAGUGCCGCCGGUGCAGGAAGGCAAAGUACUGCAGCAAGGAGUGCCAGAGCAAGGCGUGGAGCGAGGGACAUCGGUUCUGGUGCAGCGUUCGUGCCGAACCCGAGCCGUCGGCGGACGCCGCAGGCAACGGGACGGCUGGAGGCGCCGGUGGCGGUGGCAACGGCCGUCGCGACCCGCCACCACGCCGCGACGAUGACGAGGAUGUUGACAUGAGCGGUGACGGUGGCGGUCGCGGCGGUGGAGCUAUCCAGGCCACGCCGCGUGCGGCCCCCACUGCUCGUCAGCAUGACGCCGCCGUUGUGCCUCUGGGGGCGAUGGGCCUUCCUCAGCUGCGCCUCAACUCGCAGAUCCUCCCCGAUCUCCCCACGGCACCCGUGCCGACCUCGGCCCCUGCCCACAUCCAGUCGCACGCCGUCUCGCCGCCUCCAGCUCCCGCCCGCGAGACGACGGCGCCUCCCCCGUCCACUGCCCCCAUGUGGACCGACCGCCAGGCGUCGGCGUCCGCCUCGUCGUCGUCGACCUCGGCUGCUAACAGCCCGCGCACCUCGCUCCCCGCGUUCCUCAAGCUCGGCCGCUCGGGCGGACCCUCGUCAACGGCCGAGAUGAACAAUGCCAUGUCGGCAUACAGGCGCUCCGACACACCACCGCAGCACUAGGACCUCUAAUCGCCUUAUCCUCCCUCUCCCCUCUUAUGAUCGCCUCAGUUGUCAUAUUGACCGCGUAAACACAUCUAUCUUGUCAUGUAGCUUGGGCGACACGCAGUACGUAGCACGGUUUGCAUUGCA